AUGUCUUCAGAUCUAUUGUCAAGUCUUCGAUUGGGUACAAAUUCGCCUAAUAAAAUUAUUGCGGUGAAAGAAAUCAACCACUGUGACAGUUCUUUUAUUGUAAGUUCUUUCUUGGGCCACUGGAUCAAGCAUAAAAAUGUUGUAAUUAUUAUAUCAACCCAUAAUUCCUUAAGACACUAUCAACUAGUAGGCCUAAAGAUGAAUUAUAAUCUACAAAAAUAUGUAGACGCUGGCACUGUAUUAUUUUACAAUUUAGGGGAAGAAGUUGUCUCAGGCUUAAUGAGCAAUGAACAGAAUACACUACAAAAUCACUUUAUGAAGUUGCAACAGAUGAUAGAAAAGUUGCAAGAAAUUUCUAGUGUAACUAAUAUUGUUUUUGAUGGAAUAUCACAUUUAUUUGAUCUUAAUUUUUCUCUUAAUGAUGUGAAUAGUUUUAGUAACAAUAUUAUCAAGCUAAGUAGAACCAUAGAAAACUCUUGUGUAUUAUUUCAUUGUAAUAUAUCAAGUGAAGAUGAUGUGACGUAUUUAAUGGCUAAUUUAUUAUCUCAUAAAGCAAACACUGUAAUGGAAAUAGAAAAUUUACCUUCAGGUCUAAGUGCAGAUGUAUCAGGCCAUUUAAUAAUAAGGUACCCAGGAAUGAAAUUUGAGGAUGAACAUAUGUUUACACUAGAGCAAAGAUCUGUUAAAUAUUUGUUUAAACUCUUUGAUAGAGGAGUAAAAUUAUUUGCUCCAGGUACAGUCUGAUUUUGGAAGUUUUUUGUUUUUAUCAAAGUGUAAUUUGCAUAAAUAUUGU